GUUGCUUUUUUCAAAAUUCCUCUUGAUAAACUGUGGCAACAGCGCUGCCAAAUUUGGCUUGCAUUAUGUUUAAUCUUUCUUCUUAAAUCAAAAGUUUACAACUUUUGAGGUCUGUCGUACAGAGGGUGGAGGAGGGGAUAAAUAGAAGAAUGGAAAAUGUAUUAAAAAUUAAUGAUUGAUGGUGGGAGAGACAAUUUUUUGAGGGCUGGGGGAGAACAAACCGUUGGCAGGGAUGAAAAAUUACAGCUUGAUAAAAAGGGUCCUAUAAGUCUCACAUUCAACACGCGUUGUGCAAUAUAUUAUUAACGCAUGCAUGAGCGCAUACCAUUAUGACAAUUAAAGUUUUUCGCAUUCAUGCGCUAUUUUAGAAUUAUCUUAGACCACUUAUAUCACUUUUUCAAGCGUUUUUGUUAUUCUUGUUACCAUAGUGAUUACUCGGAUGCGCUGACAUGUGUUGAAUAGCGGUCACUUUGUAACGGAAGUAAAAUUUGAGUGGAUUAUAUAUGUGUCAUGUGCGUACUUUAAAAAGAGUUUCUUUUUAUAAACUUUUACACAACCAGUAAACGAACGCUUGAUAACUCAUUGAAACUACUUCAACUCAUCGUUUCCUAGUUCUUGUGUUAAUGGAUGCUUAAAGAAAAAAAUUGACAAUUUUUGAAGAUUCACCGAGACAAGACAAAUCAUUUGUUUUCGUCAAUAUUUCACCCUUUUUCCACUGUAUCAUCAUCUCGGUUCACGGUAAUUAAAACAUUCGACACGAUUUGGCUCCUAGAACGCAUGCGUACACAAUAGAAGUUCAUAGGUUAUAUCAUAUUGCCGGACUACUGUCAUGGGUUGUGGUUCUUCUUCUCAGUCCACACGAGUAGUGUCAUUCGAAGAACCGGUCGCUACACCGGAGGCUUCUGUGAAACAACCCAAAUCUUCUUCCCAACAAAACUUAAAGCCACAGGAGCAGGCAAAAGAAGAAGAAACUGAAAAAUCGUACAAUACACCACCACCUCCAUAUGAACCUGUUGCAUUGCAAACAGAAUCGAAUGCUGACAACAGCAACUCAGACGAAUACAUUCCAGUUUCUUAUCUCUCCUCCACGGAUGGUGUUUCAUCAAAUAAAACAGAUAGCCUUUUAAAGAUGACAGAAAAAAUCGAAGCGAGGAAAAUUUCAGUUAAAAAUAUUGAUUACAAUCGAGAACUUUGUCAUAUAUCUUCAGACACAAAACCCGACACACCUCCCAAUAAGUUGACGAUUAUUCAUUUUAAUGACGUGUACAACAUUGAGUCACGUGAUCAAGAACCUGUCGGUGGAGCUGCAAGAUUUGUGACGAAAGUUCGAAGUUUUCCAGAUGAUCCAAUAAUUCUGUUUAGUGGUGAUUGUUUGAAUCCCUCUUUAAUGAGCAGUGUAACAAAAGGCAAACAAAUGCUACCUGUGAUGAAUGCGCUUAACAUUCACGCUGCGGUGUACGGGAAUCACGAUUUUGAUUUUGGUGUUGACGAAUUGAUCGAGUUUAAGAAGCGUACAAACUUUCCUUGGUUGAUGAGCAACGUGAAAGACAAAUUAACAAAAACAUUGUUAGCUGAUGGUGUGGAAAAGAUUGUCUGUGAUUGGUACGGAAGAAAGAUUGGGAUAAUAGGCGUGGUUGAGCAAGAAUGGUUAGUAACGUUAGCAAUAAUAGACCCUGAGGAUGUAGAGUACAUAGAUUUUGUCGAGUGCUCACGCGAUCUGGUUAAAGAACUCAGGGAGAAUCAGGGCUGCGAAUUCAUCAUAGCUUUAACACAUAUGCGAGUUCCUAACGAUUUGAAGUUAUUGGAAAGUGAUGUAGGAAUUGAUUUGAUCUUAGGCGGUCAUGAUCAUCAUUACGAAACACAAGAACGUAAUGGUAACUUCCUGGUAAAAAGUGGCACAGAUUUCCGUGAGUUGUCGGAAAUAACAAUUAACUUUUCCACUGAUGAUAACAGCAGACAAAUCACGACACAGCGUCAUGAAAUUACAAAAGAUAUUGAAGAAGACGAGCAAAUGAAACAGGAAUGUGAUAAAUAUUCCGUCAUUCUUGGUGAGAAAAUGGAGGAAGAUCUAGGAUAUAUGAAGGUAGAUUUAGAUGGUCGAUUUUCUACUGUGAGGACAAAAGAAUCAAAUUUAGGGAACUUCAUUUGUGACAUCAUGAGAGCGGCGACGCAAACCGAUAUUGCCAUAUUAAAUAGUGGCAGUUUAAGAUCUGAUACAAUUCAUAACGCCGGUCCCUUUAAAAUGAGAGACCUGGUUUCUAUUCUACCAAUGGUUGAUAGUUUAGUUGUCCUCAGCGUGACAGGAAAAACAAUACUUGAAGUUUUGGAAAAUUCAGUUUGUCAAUAUCCAAAAUUUGAAGGAAGAUUCCUACAAGUCUCCGGUCUUUCUUUUGUAUUCGAUCCAGAAAAACCACCAGGGGAAAGAGUGUUAAAAGACACAGUGAUGGUGUACGAUCGUAUUCCAAUUUCACUCGAACAGGAAUAUACAGUAGUAACCAAAGAAUAUUUGUCACGUGGUAAAGAUGGCUUUGAUAUGUUGACGUCAUGUAAAGUAUUGGUGGAUGCUGAAAAUGGACCUAUAUUAAUAGCCAUUAUUGAAAACCACUUCGAAUCGAUUCGCAUUUAUACAGGCCGUCGAAAAAGUAUUUCAGGCCACAGACAAAGCUUAACGGUUAAACGUGAUGAAGUUCAAGCUUUUAUGGAACAACAUCGAAGCAAGCUGGCACCGACAGUAGAAGGGAGAAUCCGACUGGUUGGUCAACCAGAAGUGCUUUCUCCAGUCUACUUGAAAAGAAAAUCAAAGCUGCGGUUACGAAGCAGUGAGUCGGUAGAUGGUGUUCCGGAAAAUACACAACAGCUAAGUACAGAACCGCUGCUUGAAGAAGUUGAAACUGAGAGCGAUUCUGAUAUUGAUUCGAUAAUGCAAAGUGAUGAAACCAGGGAAGCUAUUAACGAAGAGAAUCAAAUGAAUUUAUGGGAAGCCUGUAGAGUUGAUGAUAUCGAGAAGGUGCAAGAGAUUGUUGGAGAUAAAUCAUUUGAUUUCAAGUUCUGGAUUAUGGAGAAGUGUCUUCUCCAUCAUACAGCACAGCACAAUUCCGUCAAGUGUCUGGAAUAUCUGAUAAAAGAAACGAACUUAAAGGUUAAUGUUCGAGACCAAGUUUUAAAGGGAACGGCAUUGUUUUACGCCGCUGAACACGGAAGUAAGGAAGCAGCCAUGUUGUUGAUUGAUAACGGCGCAUGCGUAAACGCGAAAAACACUCUCUGGGAAACUCCGCUACACGUUGCUUGUGAAAAUGAACAGGGUGAAGUCAUUAUAGUGUUGUUGAACAGAGGAGCAGAUAGGACAGCGAAAAAUAAAGAGGGAGAAAAGCCAAAGAUAUAGAUAUAGCUAGCAAUUACUGCACGAUGCACUGAAACUUAAAGAUUCGUCACCAAUUCACAUUCUUGCAAUAAUACUCAAAACGAUUAUUGGUGGAGAUAAUGGAUUUACAAUACAUGCAACAAAAUUGACUACUGCAUACAUAUCAUACAAUCAGCUUUGAAUGUCCUUUACCGUACUUCGUAAAUUAUGCGAGGUGCGGACUUGUUUGAAUAGUAAAGAAAAGUGGAAUAAAAGCAAAUGUUUACAACAACAAAAAGUCCCUUGUUUAGUUCCAAACAUGAAUAAGUACGCAAAUUAGACAAAUUUAUGUCACGGCGGACAAGUAUGGCGCAACAUGAGUUUAGCUAAGACUUGACCCUCUGUGCUGGGUGUUUAUCAGAUAAGGGCGCAAUUUAUACCUUUUUCGCCAAAAUAUAUCGACGCAUUAUGACAAAUUUAUUUACUCACGUUUUCUAGACAUUUUUCUAGACUGCAAACAUUGUCAGUUCCUUAGUGCUAGUCUAAAUGAUACCUGGAAAAUUUGUAAAUUUAUUUACCCUAAACAGGGUAGCUGCUCCAUUUUUAAUAAUAUCAACGUUUUUACGGGUUUUUGUGCAACUUGUUUUUUAAAGUAUUCAUAAGGUUUUUAAGGUUUUUCUGUAAAGAAUAAUUAAUAUUUUAGGCUUUUAAGAAAGUCUAGUCUGAUUUCAAGGGUCUGAAGGACACCCUGCUAAAAAAGUUUGUGUCCACAAAAAAAGUUAAAACUUUUCGAUGCCGUUGGUAUAGCAUGCCAGAUAAUCAGAAAACCUUUCUUCUGCUGGUGCUUAAAAACAUAGGAGGAGGAGGAUUUCCUGACAUGGCGAAUGAAAAGUGUAGGAAAAUAAUCAGACUAAAAAUUCAUUCCAUAAAUAAAGAAUUUUGUAGACAGCAUUUACAUUAUACAACUGUGUCAUCCUAACAGCAGACACAACUUAAAUACACGAAAAUAUCUUCUUUGCACAGCUUAUACACAUACAGGCUCUGCGAAGGAGAUUAUUUACUGUAUUUACAAUCAAUAAAAAUUACAACGACCACCUUCCUUGUCUAAGCUUUACAGUGGUCGUAGUGGUAAGAAAGUUACAAACAACUUGCUUUAAAAAACCCAAAAUUAUCCUAGAGAAAAUUUAUCGAAAAAAACUUCAAAUAUCGACUAAAAUUUUGUACACAUAUUCAAUGAGAGGCUAGGUUAAUAUGACGCAACGAUUUGUGUUUUUAACAAACCAUUUCCCGUAUCACGACAUGUUUGUUAGGUUUUUCUUUUCUAUAAUCAUCAUUUAACUUGGGAAGACAAAAUUUACGUGUUGCUUGCCCAGUUAAGCUCCAAUUAAAAUUAGACUUCCCUUUUAAUCACAUUUGAUGUCGUAUAACACUUCGACACUUAAAAUGAGGAAAGUCUCAGAAACUGUUUUUAGUAGCCAAAAUUUGCAUCCUUUAUAAAACGAUUGUACUUUGCUCAACACUGUAAGUUACUAUGGUAACAGAACUUGUAAACAUUGUGAUAAAAAUAGAAUAUAUGUAUAUAUUAAA